GCUGCUGGCUACCAGUAUACCGUUUUCGGCAGUUAAUGUAGUUUCGGUCACCAGGAACAGCACCACCGCCCCAGAGCGAACUUUACGGAAGCCUAUCUGCCUAAUGCACGCUCUUCACGGUGGAUUCCCCUAGAACAAACACAUUUCGCGCAGACUAGUCGGAACUUUGCUCCUCAACAACCAAGUGCACGCACUCACAGGAAUCUUCAAGGGAAAUCUGAAAGGAAUACUUGCUGAACUAAGGCCAGCUUACCGAGCACCCAGGACCCAGCGACCGGGACUCAGGAGCCAGCGCGGACUCAACUGCAUCUCUUCGAGCGGAAGCAGAGGACCACAGCCAGGCGCAGCCACGCCCCCCGAGCGACAGCCCAAAGAUGGCGGCCUUCAUAGCUAAGCAGAUGGUUGGAAACCAAUUAAGUGCCGUUAAAGGCGCUGUAGGAGGUGAUGGAGGCGAUGAUGGCGACGACAAGGAAAAGGCAGAGGAGGAGGAGAGGGAGCGUCAGGAGGCCAUCAAGGAGGCCGAGGACCGUCGCAAGGAAAAGCACCGGAAAAUGGAGGAGGAGCGCGAGAAGAUGAGGCAAGACAUUCGCGAUAAGUACAACAUCAAGAAGAAGGAGGAGAUCGUGGAGGCGGCCCCCCAGGAAGAGCCCAAUCCCCUGAUGCGGAAAAAGAAGACGCCCGAGGAACUCGCCGCCGAAGCGGAGCAGGAAGAGCUCGACGAUUUCACAAAACUGAAAAAUCAAAUAGAAACGCAAGUAAAUGAGCUAAAAACUCAAAUAGAGGGAAAAUGUGUCAUGCAGUGAUAUGUCAGUCACCAUAAUAACAGAUAAAUAAAUAUGAUGAUAAAACACAUGUAAUACUGAUAACAUAGCCCAUAAACGGAAAUUAAUUUAACUCAACUUAAAAUUGAAUUUGUUAAUAUGCGAUCAGUUAAUUUACAUGGGAACCAUAAAAUGAAUUAAAACUACUGCGAAUCUAGAACCUAAUAUAACUAUACCCGGCAGCAACAUAACGCCUUUUAAACACUAAAUCCCAAAAUCGAUGACAGCUAUAAUUCGAAAUGCAUAAUCAAAAUCCGAACGAGACGGUGAACUUGAUGAAUUUUAAAGUAGCUAAAUCGUAAACCAAAUCAUUUAAAUCCCAACUAUAGUGAAAGCCUUUAAUAAUAUUCAAAUCACUUUGCUACGAUAAUAAUGUAAUAUACUCAAGCCCAAUAUACAAUACAUAAUCGUUGUUUAGUUGAUAACAUACAAUAAAAAGUAACGAAAUAAUGAAUAUAUUGAAUCGGCACGAUGACACUCGAAUGCAAAUAGAAAAAAUAAUAAUAAAAUAACAUAAAACAAAAAUACCAAUCCUAAAAAACAUUAAGCCAAUGGUGCGACAGAGGAGGCUACCGAGUUUUGUCGAACCGUCGAAGUACAUAUGUUGCUGAAAUCACACUGGACUUGAAAUCCAUCUAUAAGUAUAGAUAUAUUAUAAAAUAAAUCGGCGAAUAUGUUAGAAUGGUCAUUCGAAUACACCCGUUGUGUAUAUAUGUAAAUUUCAAGAAUUUUACUAGGAGUAAUAAUACUUGCAAACGAAUUGACUGCAGGAUACGUUAAAAUGGCUGAUUCUCUAAAUUGUUUAUCAUAACCAAGAAAAAAUGGUUGCAAAUAUAUGAAAAAAGAUUCAGUCAAUUUGUUUUUCAACGUUUGACUCAAACAUCUUUAACAGCUGUUACAUUUUGUUUCUUUCUUAUACAAACAUCAUACCCACACAACAACUAUUGAGAAUUUCGAACUCUUUGAGACAGUUAAUGAUCUCUCUGAUUGAUGCUUCUGAAAUACAUGUUCUCUCGGUGUUUUAUAAGUAUCAUCAACAACAGCCAGAACAACAGCACAAGAAAACGCCUACAGCCAGUACAAGAACAACAUCAACAACAACAUCAACUACAGAAGUAUCCAAAUAUGUAUUAUAUGAGAUGAACAAUACUUUCUAAGCAAACAGUAGAUGAAAACAACAAGCUACAUGAACAACAGCAUCAACUAAACCAGAUCAUUGCAAUUUGCAGGCCAGCAUCCCCUACCUUAUUUCUGAACGUUGUGAAUAAAUUGGAUGUGGUUUACCAAAUAUGCCAAACCAAACACGCUCAUAUAUAUACCUUCCCAUACAUGGUCACCAAAUCACCAGCAUUCAAAUGGCUAUAUGGUGUUGUAAAUGAUUUAAAUAAUGUACAGAUCCAGUAAAAAGCAACGAAACAUACAUAUACAUGUGUACAACAUCCAUUAGAAGUCACUUAAUUAAAAGAGCUAUAUGACACCUUCUGUACUCACAAUAGACAGCUAAACUUCCAAAUCCCAAAAGAGAGUUUCUAAAUAUCAGUUAGAGCUUCGUGCCACAAUUCUUCUAAAAAUUCUCAACAUCAUGUUUUUCAUAAGUCGGUGGGACAGCGAUAAAGCAACCAGGCUUAACGCCCUUCUCUGUCAAUCUAAUAAAGCAAUCCUCUAGUGCCCCUCGCUCCAUACAGAGUUAGGAACGAUCAAACUAAUGAAUGAAUGCCUUAACGUGGCUCAAAUGACUAGACCAUGAAUAGCGAAUAGUUGAUGAUAAGAAGAGUUGAUUCUACCCUAAGAAAGCAACUUGCAGUCCUUGCUUUGUUUCCCUAUUGUCUGUUACUGAACCUGCACCCAGAAAUGUAUCUUAGCUAUGAUCCUUUUAAACUCGAAACUAACAGUCUAUAAACGAACCGCUUUUCAAAUACUUAUAGAAAAUGUUUACCUAGAUUCUACUAUAUGAAUUGCGUUUUGUCUCAGAUAUUUAUAUACGAUUGAAGGCCACUUUAAUUGUUCAAUAUGUUGAACAAACACAUAAUUAAAACCAACACAACUUAUUGAAUCAUACUAUUCAAUCUUAACCAAGUUUUAACGUUAUCAUAAAUGUUUAAAGUGUUAAAUGGUUCAGCCGCUUUCGUUCUCAUUUAUAAUUUGUUAAUACUAUGUUAACGUUUAAAAUAUAGUAUUGAAAAUGUAAUUAUAUGUAUAUCAGAAAGUUCACGAAACCACAGAUUAUUAAAUCUUAACUAU